GCUGAGAUAAAGAACAACUAAGGAUCGAGGUAGGACCUCCGGUGUGGCCGGCGACGAAUAAACGAUGAAGUUUACCGACUCGCCGGUGAUCGAGCUCGCCGUGGGCGGCGGCGCCCUCUCCUUCCAGCAGGACAACGGAUCCAUCCACGUCGGCACCUCCGUCUGGCCCUGCUCUCUCGUCCUCGUUAAAUUCGUCGACCGCUGGCUCCCCCGUCUCCCCUCUUCCACCACCGACUCCGCCCCCAACCCCUACGCGCAUCUCCUCCACUUCGCCGGAAAGCGCGCCGUUGAGCUCGGCUCCGGGUGCGGGCCCGCCGGCCUCGGCCUCGUUGCCCUCGGCCUCGAUGUCGUCCUCACCGACAUCGCCCCCGUCCUCCCCGCCCUCCGCCGCAACCUCAAGCGCAACCGCCCCGCCCUCCCCAAAACCCCCAAGGUCGCGCAGCUCUACUGGAACAACGCCGCCCAGAUCGAAUCCCUUAAGCCCCCGUUCGAUCUCAUCGUCGCCGCCGACGUCGUCUACAUGGAGGACUCCGCAGCCCACCUCGUCACUGCCAUGGACGCCCUCCUCGCGCCCGACGGCGUGGUUUUUCUGGGAUACCAGCUCCGGUCUCCCGAAGCUCACCAAGUGUUCUGGGAGCGAUGUCGGCAGGUGUUUCCGGUUAUAGAGAAGGUCCCCCGCGAGGAUCUUCACCCGGAUUAUGCCUACGAGGAGACCGAUGUGUAUCUCCUCAGGAAGAGGAAGUGAGAUUGGGUUGACGCAGUUCACCAGGUACUCGAUUAUAUGCCACGGUGAAGUCUCUGCUCUUUUUUUUUUUUACUUUAAUUAUACCAUGAUUUCUUUUGAUGUGAGGAAAAGGAUGGAAUUAUCAAACACAAAUAAUAUACAUUUCUGUUGUUUUUUUUUUCUUUUCUUUUCGAAUAAUAAUUUUGAUGACUUUGCCUGGUAA